GAUUUCGCCUUGUAUGAUGUGUUGCCAUUCUGGACCGUUAUCAACUAUCGUGAACCUCCUACUCGGCCGGAGUGGGAUGACCAUAGUGAUUACCACCGUGGUGUGUUCCAAGGUCUAGUACAGGAGGUUCUUGAUAGAGGCGACGAGACCAUUCGAGGUGCAAUCGGCCUACUCCGGAGCCAUCUUCAUCCUGAAAAUGAUGGCAUUGAUGAACCGCAUGGGGGACAGCCCCGCCCCGGUCGCCCAAGGACGUCCACCACUCGAAACCUAUCUCACUUCGAGCAUGUGGAGAGGAGAUGAGGGAGGAGAAGUUCAAGACUUCCGACUGCAACUCCGGACAAUGAUGGAAAUACAGGUGGUGCCCCGAAUGUGAAUGCACAAACCAACUUCGAGAAUGAGACGGAGCCGGUGAUCCAUAAUGAUAC